AUCAUUUCCUUCAUAGAGUAAUCUGCAAGAUUUUAAUGUUAGCUGUGACUGAACCCAGUCAUUCUAUAUCUGCAAAAAUGUGGUUAGUUUUUGUAUGUAGUUUACAUGACCAGUUAUUUGAUCUGCUGGAGGUAAAUGACAGGAACCGUACAGGAACGUUGUCACAUUUCCAAGAUCCAGAUAAAGAAUAUUGCUGAGGAGUAUCAAUUAACAGAUAUCAUGUAGGCUUCGGCUACGAGGGAGCUCAUGAGAAAAACAUGGAGAAAACGAGUGUUGCUGAUAAAACAGACAAGGUCUCUCAAGUCCCCUCUAUUGAGGCUGAGGUUCAUCAUUUCCAUCCCUGCUACACCGCUCAGAGUGGAGGCACUGUGAUCGCUCCCUCCAUUAUUGGUUCUAACAUCGGCAACAUAAACAUCAAUAUCAUCUCAAAUGGCAAAGAAGAAGAAUUGAACAAUGACACUGCAGACAACUGUGGUGCUCUGCAGCCCCAAAAUGAUAAGAUCGCAGAAUGUCAACAGAAACUGAAAGCUACUCUGAGGAAGAAGUUCAGUCACUUGCUUGAGGGGAUGACGACAGAUGCAAACAAGAUACCUCUCAAUAAGAUCUACACAGAGCUCUACAUCACUGAGGGAGGAAGUGGUGAAGUCAAUAAGGAGCAUGAGGUGAGACGAAUUGAGGCGGCAUCCAGGAUACAUGUGGCCAAGGAGAAAUCAAUCCACUGCAAUCACCUCUUUGCUCAUCUACGAGAUGUAAGAACUGUGAUCACAAGGGGAGUGGCUGGCAUUGGAAAAACCGUGUCCGUCAAUAAAUUCACUCUAGACUGGGCUGAGGAGAGAGAAAACACCAACCUGGAAUUUGUCUUUCCUCUCUCCUUCCGAGAGCUGAAUCUGAUGAGAAAGAAAACCUUCAGUCUUGUGGAGCUUCUUGGUGUCUUUUUCCCUGAAACGAAAGACACAGGAAUCUUUACUUAUGGUAAAAGCAAAAUGGUCUUCAUCCUGGAUGGUCUUGAUGAGAGCCGCCUGUCUAUGGACUUCAACAAAAGUGAAAUAAUAUCUGAUGUGACACAGCCAGCCACAAUUGCUUUGCUUCUGACGAACCUCAUCAGGGGAAGACUGCUUCCGUUGGCACUUAUUUGGAUAACAUCUCGUCCGGUAGCUUCCAGUCAGAUCCCUCUGGAGUACAUUGAUCUAGUGACAGAGGUACGAGGCUUCAACAACCCCCAGAAAGACGAGUACUUUAGGAGGAAAAUUCGUGAUGAGAGCAUAGCAAACAGGGUAAUCACACAUGUGAAAGCUUGCAGGAGUCUUCACAUCAUGUGCCACAUACCAGUCUUCUGCUGGAUGGCAGCGAGUGUUCUUGAGAAGAAGUUGGUGACGGCAGACAGUAAAGACACGCCAAAGACUCUCACUCAAAUGUACAUACACUUCUUGUCCUUGCAUGUGGAGACCACGAAGAAGAGGCUGCUGGGAAGAAGAGAGUCAAACACUGAAUGCGUGAGAGCUAACCUCAUGUCAUUGGGUAAACUGGCCUUCAAAGAGCUCGAGAAAGGCCACUUGAUCUUCUAUGAGAGCGACCUUAUCCUGAAUGGUAUAAAGGUCACGCAGGCGACCGUGUUCUCAGGAGUCUACACACAGAUCUUCAAUGAGGAGCUGACACUGUGUGAGGAGAAGAUGUUCUGCUUUGUUCAUCUGAGCGUCCAGGAAUUCUUUGCUGCGCUGUAUGUCUACCUCACGUUCAACAACGACAACUUUAACGUCUUGAUCAAGAAGUCGUCCGCUUCAAGACGUUUCCUGUUUAGAGAUUCGUCAGAGCUCAUCCUCUACAAAGAAGCAGUAGAAAAGGCUUUGCGAUGUGAAAAUGGACAUUUUGACAUCUUCCUGCGCUUUCUUUUGGGCCUGUCCCUGGAAUCCAAUCAGACUCUAUUGAAACAUCUAAUGACCAGCAACAGGACAAACCAAAGAACAAGAACAGAGAUCAUUAAACACAUAAAGGAGAGGAUCAGGGAAAGUCCAUCCCCAGACACAUGCCUCAAUCUCUUUCAUUGUCUGAAUGAGCUCAAUGACCACUCUCUUGUGGAGGAGAUUCAGAGCUACCUCAGAUCAGGCAGUCUUAACAAAACCAAACUUUCACCUGCCCAGUGGGCCACUCUGGUCUUUGUAUUAUUGACAUCAGAAGAAGAGCUGAGUGUGUUUGAACUGAGCAACUACACCAGGUCAGAGGAAGGUCUUCUGAUGCUGCUGCCUGUCGUGAAAACCGCUCAAGUGGCAAAUCUAAAUGGAUGUAAUCUCACUGUGACCUGCUGUGAAAGCCUGGCGAAGGUCAUCAGCUCAUCACAACUUAGAGAGCUGGACCUGGGUAACAACAACUUGACAGAUGCAGGAUUAAUACUGCUCUCUGACGGACUGAAGAACUGCAAACUGGAGACACUCAGACUGAGGAGCUGCAACCUGACAGAGCACAGCUCUAAAGCACUCUCCUCAGUUAUCAGCUCAACCUCCUGCCAGCUGAAAGUACUGGACCUCUCUGACAACGACCUUCAGAACAUAGGAGUCAAAAAGCUCUCUAGUGGACUGGGCAGCGCUCACUGUAAACUGGAAACACUCAUUUUGUCCCUAUGCAGGGUGACAGAAGAAGGCUGCACUUUCCUGGCAUCAGCUUUGAACUCAUCCAUUCUGAGAGAGCUCGACUUGAGCUACAAUCACCCAGGAAACUCAGGCCUGGAGCUGCUGUCUGCUCUGCUUGACGACCCACAGUGCAGCCUGCAGAAACUCAGUGUGGAACAGUGUGGUGAAUCCAGGAUUCAGCCAGGUCCAAAGAAAUAUACCAAGAAACUCACCCUGGACCCAAACACAGCACACAGAGACCUUUCUCUGUCAGAGGGAAACAGGAAAGCCACGCGUUGGACCAGGCAGCCAUAUCCUGAUCACCCAGACAGGUUUGAUUUCUGGACACAGGUGUUGUGCACAGAGGGACUGACUGGACGCUUCUACUGGGAGACAGAAUGGAGUGGGAGAUCUUUCAUAGGAGUAGCCUACAGAAGGAUGUGCAGGAAGGGAGAAGGCCACAACAGCUGGUUAGGAAAAAAUGAGUCUUCCUGGGGACUAAGCUGCACCAAAGAUGGCUACAAAACCUGGCACAAAGACAUGUACACUGCUGUAUCCAUCCCACCCAGCUCCAAUAAAGUAGGGGUCUAUCUGGACUGGUCAGCAGGGGCACUGUCGUUCUUCAGGAUUACCUGUAAUGCACUGACCCUCCUCCACACCUUCCACACCACCUUCACUGAGCCUGUCUACCCAGGGUUUUGGCUUGGCUGGGUGGACUCCACAGUGUACUUGUGCUAAAUAUGACCUGGACAUAGUGACCAGCUUUGUAUCACCCGUCCACAUAAUGUAGCACCUUCUUUUGUCCUGCUCUUGAGCCUUAAAGUGUCUCAACAACUACUGGAUGGAUUGCCAUGAAAUUUAGUACAGACAUUUAUGUUCCCUCACAGGCCAAAAUUUUUAUUUGUCCAUUACUUUGUGGUGGUUUAUGACCACAUACCUGCAAAACAAAUGACAUUUCCAUCAUUUAGCUGUUUAUUUGAAAACAUAUAUCUUACUCUUUUUUUGUUGCAAAUUUCUAUUUUAUAUUAAUGAAUUUUGCAGUAAUUUUUUCUUUUUUCUUUGUUUUAUGUUUAUUGUGAGGGUUAUGCACCAAAACAACCAAAGGCAAAUUCCUUGUAUGAGAAAACCUACAUAGCAAUAAACCUGAUUCUGAUCAAGCA